AUGGCUGGAUUAUUGCCUUUCGUUGGGCUCCUGCUAUGUGCCCCUGUAUUACUGCUGGCAGAAACACUGGGUAAGUACUUGCAGAGCACGUGUGCAGAUUGUGUGAUACUUGUACUAUUAUCUAGUUUGACUGCUGUUAGGAUAAUGUUAUAUGUCUAAAUAAGUUACCUAGUUUCAGCUCGUUUCAAUAGUUCGUAAGGUAUAAAAUUUGGAGAAAAAGUGUAAAUGUCUCUGAAUGUAGUAUAGCGAAGUACAAAAGACUGUAAAUGUAGCAGGAAGUUUACUGGAGCGAAGCAGUGGUCAGUGCAUUGGGCUGUAGGAGGGAGUACAGUGUACCGGAUUUCAUUUACCCUAUAUAUCAGUCUAAUGAAUGACCAGUUAUAGUACAUCCCACAUAAAACCUUUAAACACAUAAUGCAAGUUGUUUCUGUUACCAAGUAGGUCAGCCCUCCAAGAAUUGUAACAUUUAAAGGGACACUACAAGUAGCAUAACUACUACAACAUACAUAAUAAAAAAUGUUAUAUGAGAAAAAUGUUCAAAAAUGGUUUCAAAUGCCCUGAGAAACUGAGGAAAAGAAAAUUAGCUAUACUGCGUUGGUUUAUAUGCUCCCCCUAGAUAGGUGUCUUUUUUUAGAGAUCUACCCAGACUAUAUUUUGUCAUUUGCCUUUAAACUAUGUAUUUAUUGUUAUUUAUACAGUGUGAUAACUUAUAUGCCCCAUAUUGGCUGGAGAGUGAUGGGAGUUGCAUUCUAUAGCAUCUCCAGUGUCUACAUUAAGCUAGAAUAUUAAUAAUAAUAAUGGUUAGGGGUAUUUUGUGUGUGAAUGACUUAAAGGACCACUCUAGGCACCCAGACCACUUCAGCUUAAUGAAGUGGUCUGGGUGCCUGGUCCAGCUAGGGUUAACCCUUUUUUUUUUAUAAACAUAGCAGUUUCAGAGAAACUGCUAUGUUUAUAAAUAGGUUAAUCCAGCCUCUAAAACCUCUAGUGGCUGUCUCAUUGACAGCCGCUAGAGGCACUUGCGUGCUUCUCACUGUGAUUUUCACAGUGAGAAGACGCCUGCGUCCAUAGGAAAGCAUUAUGAAUGCUUUCCUAUGAGACUGGCUGAAUGCGCGUGCAGCUCCUGCCGUGCAUGCGCAUUCAGCCGAAGAGGAGGAGAAGAGGAGGAGAGCUCCCUGCCCGGCGCUGGAGAAAGAGGUAAGUUUAACCCCUUCCUCUCCCCAGAGCCUGGCGGGAAGGGGUCCCUGAGGGUGGAGGCACCCUCAGGGCACUAUAGUGCCAGGAAAACGAGUAUGGCCCUUUAAAGUUACAGUGCCCUGACCAGUGUAUUAUGAUAUUACUGUGAUGAUGUAAUAACUAUCUCAUCACUAUAAUUACUCGCCAUUCUGAAGGAGCUUUUGAUAUUAAGACAUAUAUCAAACUGCUCGUGAACAUUCAGGCAUUGCUAAGAUAUUAAAGAUAAUUACUAAUAAUAACAACAAUCAGGAAGCACUGUUAUUCACAGGCUCAAGGAUUGAGGCAGCACAGUGCAGCCUAAUGGCUGGAUUAUUGUCUUUCAUUGGUGCUCCUGCUAUGUGCCCCUCUAUCACUACUGGCAGAAACGUUGGGUGUGUACUUGUCGCUUUGCUAUGCUGUUCAGCUCAAUGCUGAGAGAGAACAUGAUUUAACCAGCACCGAUUUACUUGGAAUUGGGCUUCUCCUAUGGCCUUUAUGCUGAGUAUGCGGGCAGCAAACAUACAGAUUGUGUGAUACCUGUGCUACUAUCUGAUUUGACUGGUGUUGGGAUAAUGUUACCUGGUCUACUUACUAAUAUCCGAAUCGCGUAAUGAACGGGGCAUAACCAUCCAGUACGAGGCCAUUCCUAAAUCUGGACAUUGGUCACAGUAUGUAACAAUUUCCAGAUCAGGCAUUUUAGGCUGAAUUCUGCCAUUUGGAUAUAAUUUGACUACAGUUUGGUUAGUGAAUAACCCUCUCAGUGUCCCACGUUGCUGGUUAAAAAAUGAUGUGUCUAGUAGACCUUGGUGAUGGUUUAUGGCUGUUCCCAGGAUCCUGUAAAAAAUACACCAUACAUGGACAGUAUUGUUAUGUGAGUCUGUAUUAUUUAUAAGUGCGCAGUAUACACCUUGUCCAUUACAGGGUGACACCUCGGAUAUUCAUUAUUUUUUUCACAAGGGACAUUUCUCUGUUUCCUACAGUGGAUGGAUGUGGCCACGUGGUCAUGAAUGAUGAGGGUGGAACUCUUACAUCAAAAAACUAUCCUGAAACAUACCCCGACCACUCAGUUUGCCAGAUUACCAUCAGAGUGCAGAGCAGUAAACAGCUGUACAUCAAAGUGGCUGAUUUGGACCUGGAUAUUAACUCUGCAUUUCUGAAAAUCUACAAGGGUUCAUCCACCGAGGAAUAUGGUGAGUCUCUAUUAAUUCUACAGUAUGGUGGGAUGGAAAGCAAAUGCUGGGGAUUUGGAACGUGUACUGGUUUUAUAAAAUUGUCACAGUUCAUUGGAAAUAAUUUUUUCAGAUUAGGAUUAAGUACCAGACGUGAUCAGCAGCAUUAUAGAAUACAGUUUAUUACAGACGCUAUCCAUACAUAUAAAAUACAAAUGAUAUUCUGCAUAUCUAAGCUACUGACACUUCCAUAUAUUAUUUCAGUGAGUUACAGUGGAGAUCUGAGCAAGGCAAAGACGGACAUUUUCUUAGAUGAUAAUACUGCCACCAUUUGUUUUGAAAGUGGCCUCCACGUGUCUGGCCGAGGAUUUCUGAUUAAUUAUGCCAGCAGUGAUCAUCCAGGUACUGUGUCUACUAAACUGUAAUGUGUGUUACGAAGGAUUCAGUUUGUGUCUCGGGGCUCCGUUGUACAUGUCAUGUCAAUAUUGUCCGUCACUGAUAGGGAGAGCAUUAAAUUCAUAAUUCUUUGACAGUAGCUUCAAGAUUGACCAUACUCUGCAGGCAUGAACGCUACUUCUACAUUACCUGCAGAAAAAUGUGACCCGUGUUGGAUCUCUCGGCUAUGGCUGUUACUGCUAUAGAAUGCUGCAAGUUAAUUCGUUUUAAAUAAAUAAGGCUCCUAAGGUGUUAAAAUACGUGUGCAGGAAUCUCACCCUGCUCCUGUUUUUUAUUGAUAGAUUUCAUUACCUGCUUGACUCGCUGUGACUAUAAAGAAGACCCAGAGUUCAGGUACGCUUGACUUGUUUUGGCUAAUUAUACCUUUAUAGAAAAUGUUGAUGUUAAAUAACAUGUGAUCAUAGAAUAUUGUAACACCUUUCUAUGGGUCUGCAACAAGCGUUCUGAGAUCCCUGUCUUUAGACUUUAUGCUUGACAAAGAGAGGAUCUCCUGAAAGCUUGAUACUCCAAAAAUGUCCAAUAAAAAACUACACUGAUCUAAUACUUUACAACAGGGCUGCCCAACAGGUAGAUCCCCAGAUGUUGCAAAACUACAAGUUGUAGUACUACAACAUCUGGUGAUCUACCUGUUGGGCACGCCUGCUUUACAAGAAUUUGUUUUAUGAGAAAAUGAUGGUAAACGCAGAGAACUAUUCACCAACAUUGAACUGAAGUGAAUCGUCAAUCAAACUGUAAAAUUAUUAUUAUUAUGAUAUUUAUAGAGCGCCGUCAAAUUCCGCAGCGCUUUACAAUGGGUGGACGAACAAACAUGUAGUUGUAACCAGACAAGUUGGACACACAGGAACAGAGGGGUUGAGGGCCCUGCUCAAUGAGCUUACAUGCUAGAGGGAGUAGGGUAAAGUGACACAAAAAGGUAAGGAUAGUAUUAGACUAGUGACAGUUGCAGAAGAGGAAUCAGUCAGGAGCUAUUAACAGUUUAAUGGAUAUGCUUUUAUGAAGAAGUGGGUUUUUAACGAUUUUUUGAAGGAGUGAAGACUGGGUGAGCAUCUAACGGAGGAGGGAAGCGAGUUUCACAGGAACGGUGCAGCCCUCGAGAAAUCUUGAAGGCGAGCAUCAGAGGUGGGAGUACGGACAGAAGAUAGACGUAAGUCUUCAGCAGAUCGUAAGGGCCUAGGACGGGACAUACUUGUGUAUAAGGGAGGAUAGAUAGGUGGGAGCAGCAUUAUGUAGCGAUUUGAAAGCAAGAACCAGAAUUUUAAAUUGAGCUCUAUAUUUUAUAGGAAGCCAAUGUAGGGACUGACAGAAGGGUGAGGCAUGGGAGGUGCGGGCGGACAGGAAGAUGAGCCUCGCCGCCGCAUUCAUUAUGGACUGUAACGGCGCUAGUUGGGAGCACGUAAGACCACUGAGAAGCGGAUUACAGUAGUCAAGGCGAGAAAGGACAGUGGAAUGAACCAACACCUUAGUCGCAUCUGGCGUUAAGUAGGGGCGGAUGCGCGCAAUGUUUUUGAGAUGGAAAUGACAGGAUUUGGCGAUAGAUUGAACAUGAGGCUUGAAGGAGAGGUCGGAGUCAAAGAGAACACCUAGGCAGCGAGCCUGCGUGGUGGAGCUGAUGGUAGCACCGUUGACUUGGAGGGAGACAGACACAGGAGUAACAACACUUGAGGGAGGAAAGACCAGAAUUUCAGUUUUGGUCAAGUUUAGUUUAAGGAAGUGGGUAAAUCAGCUGAGCGAAGAGUGUAUGUGAAUUGGGGAAUCUGAAUUUGAAUUUAAUAUGUCAGUGUGAUAAUAUGCCGGUGUAUAGUACGAGUAUUAAACGUAAUCUCUUCUUCUGUGUUUUGAUUACCCUUUGUACAGCACUGCGGAGUAAGUUAGCAUUUUAUAAACAAUAACAUUAUUUCUACAAUUUCAGUAACUAUUGUCCAGCCGGCUGCUGGGAUGUAGCUGGAAACGUAUUUGGAGAUGUGACUAAUGGAUACCAAGAGGUGUGUAAACUGAGCUGUGCGAACAUUUCUUCCUAGUGCACAUUUUUUAUUUGGCAAAGUAUUAAAUCAAAGCAUUACUGGUAAUUCCUGCCCAUAGUUCCAUCUGACAGUGACUGGGUCCUGUGUAAAGUCCCCUCGUUUGUGGAAUUGGUGUACGAUAGUAGUUAGUGGGGAGCUUGACUAACCUUUGAGGACUAUCAUGAGAAAAAACAUCACCAAUAGAAUAGCACUAAACAUUUCUACAAGGGCACUCUAACACCAUAACCACCACAGCCCAUUAUAGUCCUUAUGUUGGGAGUCUCCUUGUGCUGAGCCAUCGUUAAGAUUUAGAUUAUUUUCACAUGGUUAGAUAGACACCCAGGUCUACACAGAUAUCAAUAACGUGGACAUUUCUAUUAAUAGUGAUCUCAACGUGGUGCUUUUAUGAAUGGAAUUCAUUGGCUGAAAAUGUCAGCUGGCACACUCGGUCAAUGAAUUAAGUCUAGAUAGGGACACCAUUGAUAUUUGUAAAGAGGAAGGUGACCCUGCUUUAGCUGUAAUAUAUCUGUGAAGAGUAUAGAACCCUGGGUGCGGAGCAGUGGGGGAGUCCGUCCUGAGUCACAGACCUUCCUUCUUCCACCUGUCACUCUGCGUUGAGUGGGAUUGUGGACUGUGGUAGAGGAGCUUCAUUACCCUCUUCCCAAUGGGUGAAAGCAGCUGUCCGCACGCUGGCCAUAGAACAGAUAUCUGUUUUAGGAAAUGUAGGCUGUUCAGACAUUAUUAUUUUUCUGAAAACUGAUAAAUAGUCAACAGAAACAAAUUAACUACAUCAGUUUUACCUUGCGUUGUAAUAAGAAGGAAUUAUUGUCAUCAGCUGAUCUAACUCUCAUCACUCCAGGCAGCCCAGCAGUGUCAUUCACAGUAUCUCAGUGGGAAUUACAACUAUCGCAUACUACGUGGUGUGAUAUUACACUGUGCAAUAUAGAAUUUCAAAAGAUGAUCUUUCCUUUAAAAUGCCAGUUUCGUGAUAGAGUAAUUACUUUAAUUACCCAAACUAACACAUCACACAUAUUACAGGAGGGAUCCAAGUAUCAAUACGUACUAAUAAUAAUGACUUCAUUUCAAGGCUUGUUUACUAUCAAUCUGUGUUAAUAUUACAGACAUUAAUACAUUUGACAGAUAUUAAGCUUUCUCUUUUUAUUUCUUUGCAGUCGUCCUUGGUUUGCAAAUUGGCUGUCCAUGCCGGCGUUAUCGCAGACAAUCUGGGUGGUCAGGUUCUUAUAACUCGAUUACAACGCACAUUCCAAUUGAAAGGGAUGGUGACCAGUCAGAUUUUACCAAAAGGGUAAGUUGGAAUUAUUGUGCUAUUAAAUAAAUGAUUAUUUAUACACAAUAUCCUUAUUUAGAGCAGAUUGUGAAAUUCCUAUUGGACAGGUGAUGCUAGCUUCUCACUGAUUGGUUGUGUGUGAUUGAUUAGCCGGAGAAGCCGGCCCGGCUACCCUAAGAGACCUAAUGUGGGCUGUAGAAUCCUCCAUGUUCACCAUAGCCCAUAUGUUCAUGCUACAGGGACACAAUCCAUAUAUAUUUCAUAACUUGAGGGCUGUCAAAUCAAGUUCAUUUAUAUUAACCCCUUAAAAAGAGAGGUUUAAAUAUACGGGUUUAUAUGAUGACACACCUGAGGAUUGGGUUUAUUUAUUUAAUUGAACUUAUUACUGCUGGACAAAAAUGCUUUUAAAUAUCUGGAAAUAACAGCAAAGCACAGCCUGUAGUUUAUUUUGAUGUUUGGUCCAGACCUAUCCUGCUAUAAUAAAGGAUUCUUUACCUACCUCAUUUCUAAAAGGAGCUUUUAAAAUUUGAUUUAUGUUUUUGCAGUGUCUCCGAUUCAAAUGUCCAGUUUAUGUUCAACAAUCCAGGUAAGAAAAAUACCUUGUUAAUGACCGUGAAAUGUGCUUAAAGAGACACUCCAAGCUGCAUGUGGACGAUGUUUAAUCUUUAUAUAAAUACUGCAUUACAAUAUGUACAAUAAAAAAUAAGAUACUGAUCUUAAAGAAACACGGUAACGUUAGGAAUAUUUAUAACUAUAUGUAUAAAAUAUGUAUUCCUGGCAGUAUAUUGUCCCAGUCACAGCUUAGGUGGUCAGGGCAGCACUGCCAGGGUUAACACAGGCUUUUUAUUUAUCAUUUCUCCCUUGUAGCUCUGCUUUCCUCAAUGUAGCUCUAAUUUCCGUAGGAAAGUAUUGGGGGGGCUAGUGCAAAUGUGCAGCAAAACGGUACGCUGCACCAAUCAGAUGGUUUCUCUUAGACAAUCUGAUUAUAACUGCACAGUGGGGACUUUGUGGAUUCUCAGUCACCUCAGGGGGACUUAGCCACGAAUGUUAUGGAAUAGUUUUCGGCAUGAGGUGACCAUGUGUUUUCUGGACAACUUGGAUCGCGGUUUUGAACCACUUUGAAAUCCGCCAGGAGAGCGCUUUUUGGAGGGAAGGUGCCUGAGACUAAAGGGAACAAAUGCUACCUAAGAGCCAGACGGACCAUCCUGUAUUGUGGCCUUAGGAGCUCACAAAAGUUGACCGGCAAAAGCACCAAAUGCCCUGAAACUAUUUGGGGUAUAGGACCACGUGUGUGGCCGGUCAGAACUUUAACACGGUGGCGUUUCCCCUACACUGCAUGGGUUAUUUAACAAUGUAUUGUUUGUGGGGUUAUUUUAUGUUUUUAUUAUGUUUUGGGGUAUUUUUAUGGUUUAAAUGUUUAGGUUUGCCUCUCUGUUCCUGGAAGAUAAUUAGCUUACCGGUCUUUAACACAAUUAUCUCCCAGGCCUAGAGAUUGGCUGUGUUUGGAUGCAUUAAACAAGUUGACUCCCAGAACUAUGUGUCAUCUAGUUACUGGGAGGGGAAGGGCAAUAAUCACUGCUUAGCACCUUGUUCCAGCUCGUGGAGGAUUCGGCAGUGAAAGUCCUUAUGAGAACUAGAGCUCCCAGGACUGUGUGUCGUCCAGUCCCUGGGAGGGAAUAGAGCUAGUCCCCUAUCCUGCUCCAAAAGGACCCCAGUCAAGCCACAGCGACUGGGGCAGAAGCCCUGGGGUUUUACCUUGUUCCAGCUAGGAAGCGGUCCUUGGCAGAGAUACCCAGUCAGGGUACAGGGAGCUCCGCUACAAUGUAGUUAAGCUCUUGGCAGCAGUUCCAUUAAUUGGGCCACAUUGAUGGAACUACUUAGCAAGUUUAUAGCAUCCACGGGAAGUUCUACACAUGGAGUUAUAUACUGGGAUCGCUCCAUUGUGUGCAUGCGCUCAGCAAUGGCUCGGGCUCUCUCCCAGGGUGUGUCAAUAAAGGGAACUCAUUUAAAUGAGAGAGUCUGAUAAUAUCUGUUUUCAGCCUGUAUUGAUGAUUUAACUGGGAAGUAGAGAAAGCAGGCAAAAGUUCCAUGUGUGCAAACAGUUAUUUACUUGAUCUUCUCCUCUGCAGGAUACAUUUCAUCUACGCAUCCUACAUGGACAGAUACAAAAAUGGGAGAGUUCACCAAAGACCAGAUAGCUACUGAUAAAAACAAAGCAGGUGAGGAUCUCACAUUAGUGUUUGGAUAUCACAAUUUUCCUUUUAAAUGAGCACGGCAUAUAAUAGUUACUAGCCACAGGCCUGGCUUUAUAAAAGACCAAAAGAUUUCAUAAACAGCACGUGGACUUGUUCAUUCCAAAACUUAGUUCCAAGAAGCCAGAUGUUCAGGAGGACUUAAUACAGGCACAAUGGGACCAGAGCAUGUAUGUAAAAUGAAAAUGUACUUAAAGUGAAGCAAUAUCUUUUUUCACUUCCCAAUGCAUGUAUGGCAUUGCAGUAGUAAUUUACAGACAUAACUGAUAUAAAUAAUGCAUUGAUAACUAAAAUACAUUUCAAUGGUCAAUCUUAAGUUCCUCAGGGAACCAGUAGUACUGUACAGUAAUACUGUAAUGUGUUAGGGCUACUCUUACAUUUUUAGGAUAUUAGAGAAGAACUAGGUUUUUAUUCUUUUUUUUUUGUUGUGCAAAAGUUUGACAGACAUGCAUAUAUUGCCACAGCAACAAAUACAGGCAUUGUGGGUACUUAUAAUCAAACUAUGUGGAGAUAGCAUUUUCAUGCAGGAGUAAUUGCUAGGCAUGGUUAUAGCUGGUUAUGAGCAGUAGGGAACAUGCUAACUUAUUUUGACUGGCUUAUACACAUAUUGUAGCAAAAAUGAGGAUGAGAUAAAAAUUAAAGCAUAAUGUCCACUGAGACUAGAUGCAGUCCUGGGCUGGUAGCAUUACUUGUGUGAUUGUUAAGGGCUGGAAGUUAAAAGAAAAUACAAAACAAAGCCAGCAAUAUGACCCUGGGGUAGCACUCCUAUCAGGGAGCAUACAGAGGAGGGAUAAAGGCUGAGCCAUUGGGGUUUUUGCUCGUCCCCUUGCAGCAGGUGGGGGUAUGCUCAGUAUCAGGGAUUGUCUCUGCCUGGGACUACUUAGCCGAUGCCUGCUAAUAGUAGGAUGUCACCCCCAGGGAACAAGGGUCCGCCACUCUGUAGGUGAGGGCCGCUCCGGUCUCGAGCGCCCUUGUGUUCUUGGUCAACACCGACUGAAAUGCCGUCCAGUCUUGUAGCCUGAUCUUGUCCUCUGGGUCUCUGCAGUGCUCUGGAUCUGUAUUGCCAUGCGUGCACUCUCCAACGGAGUGGUGUGCGGGUGUGUGUGUUGCUCCCACCUGAGUGACGUGUGGAGGAGCUGCAGCGAGGCUGUAGGAUGGGUGUUCGGUGUUGGCGUGCGGCUUGGUGUCGGGAGGUUCCGCCGGCUGGCCCGUCGGCAAGAUGGGCACGAUUUUGUGUGGGUGCUGAACCGGUAAGCUGCAGCCGUGGCCUCCCUCCCCCUCAUAGCAGGUGGAUCAGGAUGAGUGGCUUUGUGCUCCAUAUGCUGCCAGAAUUCCUGGCAUGGUCGAUCAAAGUGAGCCUCAAAGUGUUCUCUCCAGGUCUGGACUGUGGGGCAUGCUUGAUGCUGCAGAAGUUGUUGCCAUUUUGGGCCCGAACUGCCACCUCCGCUCCGGCAGACCAGCCUCUUGUGGUAAGUUUGUGGGAUUCCCCAGUGGGGACCGGGAUGACCCCCACCGGCACUUUAACGUACACUCGUGGGUACGCAAAGUGAGGGUCUGCAAAGCGGGGUAUGCCUGUACACAAAGUUCUAUGUUUCUGUAGUAUCCUACCAGCAGAGGUCCCAGACAGUAAAACAAGAAAUCACGCUUCUUGUUAGAAUGAAAAUCAAUGAUUUGCUUUUUGUAAAAAUUUUCACUAAUUGUAAACUUUGUAAUAAUAAGUGAAUUUCUAACAUCAUGUUUGUUUAAUUCUAGGAUUUCCAGUCUUUGUUCUUGUCAUGGCAGUUACACCGAUUGUGUUUCUAAUUGGAGGUGUGAUUACCAUGUGUAUGUUGCUAAGGUAUGUGUUUCACCAUAUAUAAACCAUAUAUAAAAAUAUAUGUAUAAAUCUCUGCAUUACAGUGUUAAAUAAAGAGAUGUAGGUUUAAUUUACCAGAGUUUGACGUGUUUAGAAUUGGCAUUGCAGCAAAGUUAUGCAAGAAGUUAAAUUUUCUGACUGUAGUAACUUUUGCCCUGACGCCAAAUAGUAAAGAGGUGAGAGGUCACCAGCGCCGAGGGCGCCCGGGGCUGGAAUAAAGUAAGCAGCCAAAUAGGUUUUAACCCCUUCAGCGCCAAGGGUUGGGGGCACCCUCAGGGCACUAUAGUGUCAGGAAAACUGCUAUCUUUCUGUGCCAAAGUGGAGAUAUGGGAAAUACACCUCUCUCUUCUGCGGCACUGAAAGUGAUAUAAAACAGUUUAAACAGUUUUAAUAAGAGGUUAUAAAACAGAUCCCAUGUACUACCACACAUUGAGAUAGCCAGUCACGUCUCUGAGUUGUCAUCAAGUAGUUUAAUAAAUAAUAAUUCUGGGGUUUGUUCACAUUUUGUGCCAAUGAGGACGGCAAUGCAUCGAGCUGCUACAAACUGUAAAACUGAAUGGAUCAAUCGUGGGUUCUCAAAGACUUCAGCUUGUAUUUUUUUUAAACUGUUUUGCCACAAUUAUAGCUACAAACAGCAAUGGGGCUGUUAGCAGCUUUAAUUUAAAGGCUUUACGUCAUCAGUUAUGUUUCAGGCAUAACUGAUAUAGUGAUAGCCAGAAGUAUUCAAAUAUCAUUACUUUUCAUUAUCUUUAUUUUAAAUGAGGACUAAAAGUGGUAAAGCUAGCAAGUGCCAAAAGUGAAUAUGUUGGGAAAUCGCAAAAAACAUUUUUUGCACAUAUCUGGCACUUACAAUGUUUACGAUUUUACACGCUCUUUUGAACUACUUGGAGGACUAUCAGGCACUUUUCACGUUUACCACAUUAUAAAGCAUUGCUCAUUUGACACUUAAACGUGGAAAAUGGUGCUUUAAUUUUUUUUGGCACUUACAUCAUUUACCACUUUUAGUCUUCAAUUAUCAAUCCAGACUGACUAAGAGCUCAGAAACAUAAAACAAGUUGGCUCUGUGUUAAGGUUGAUCAGCAGACAAGAAACUAAACUGGGAAUUGCAAAAUUGGGGGAAAAAAAUGCUGAAUUGGAACAUGUAUCCCACUCAGCUAUUUGUCCAGCUCGGCUGUAUUGUGCUAGAAAGUACAAUUCUUGGGUCAAUUCCCAGACUAGUGAAUAACACUCAAUCACUAAAUUUGAUUUAUAAACCACCAGAUGAUCCUUGGCUCACAGCCCUGACGCAAAUAGAUCCAUUUUUUAUGUUUAUAAACAUAGGUGGCAGAAAGCACAUUUUCUUUCCUUUCCUGUUGAAAGCCAACAAAUCCUUUGUAGAUAUAUGAUAAGUGCAUAUCUAUUUUAUCACAUGUGGACUAUUGUGUUUAUAAGGUAAUACUAUGUACACAAUGCUUUCCAAAGAGUAAGGAAAGUUGCAUUGAUGGAUGCUGAUAAUUUAAAUGUGAAUUUUCAUUAAUUACAGGAAAAGAAGAGACUCUGGUGAUUACAUAGAAACAGGUAAGUACAGAUUAUGUGUAAUGUUGCUUGUCUGGACAAAGAUUACAGAAAAAGAUCAAAUAUAUUGUCUGUUUCCUGCAGGAGUCUGUAUGCAACUAAAGUCAUUUGGAAGAAAGGAAUUGACAGAAUCUAAUCUCAGCUUCGAGAAUGAGGAUAAAAAGUAUAAAAGGCCAACACCACAUGUCUCUCUUCUGGAUCCUCAAUAUUCUCAUCGUCUCCCCAUGAUUGAUCCUGGCUUCCUGAUAAGAAAGGCGCCCACCACCAAGUACAUAGAUAAAGUUAUCAAGGAUUCUUGUGGAAGUGGGAAGACUGAGAGCCUCGCUCAUAAUCAGUCAAGUCACAGUAGAAAUGACAAUGCAACGUGCGUCACGUCCUCUGUGCCUCAAUAUGAAAAGCCAUGCUUAGAAGACGAUGCAAAAAGAAAACUAGUAUAUACUGACUACAGAUUCCCUUCAGAUUAUCCUAGUCGUCAUCACCAUCUUCCUAUUGAUUAUUGCCAACUUCAAUGUCCUCAAUAUCAUCUUCUUCAUCAUCUUCCUAAACAGCAUCAUCCUCAUCCCCAUUUUCGUGAUCAUCCCUCCCAUCUUUAUCAUUUUUAUCCCCAAAUUCCUGUUCGUCCUCUUUCUCCAACUCAUCAUCAUGAUGUCCACUAG